AUGAUCAGCAUUGAGAUCAGCCGGGGACCCGAGGACCGUCGGGUGACUUGUUCCUGGCAGGGCGGCGAGGAGGACGACGAUGCCCGGCUGCCGCUGCUCCUGGCGCUGCUGCUCUUCCUCGCCUUCUUCUCGGCCCAGGGCUCGGCAGGGGAAGACCUGGGAGACCCCGAGGAGAUGACUUACUGGUCCGACUGGGCAGACGGGGAGAGAAAGAAGGAAGAGUUGCCUCUACCCUUUGAACACUUCCUGCAGCGAAUUGCCAGGCGACCCAGACCUCAGCAGUUCUAUGGUUUAAUGGGCAAAAGAGAUGCCGGAUACGGCUCCUCUCCACAUAAAGUAAGACAUAAAACAGAUUCAUUUGUUGGACUCAUGGGCAAAAGAUCUUUAAAUUCCGGAUCUUCUGAAUGGAACACAGCACAAAUGUACGAAAGGAGACGUAAAUGAAAUAUUCCUGCCAUUAUUUGUUGAAAUUUGUUUGUGGCCAAAUUAGUUAAUGUAAUAUAAAAAUAACCAUUGUAAGGAAUAAUUAUUUAUUUAUGACUGGUCUUUUUUUUAGUUGUAUAUUCAAUAAAAAUAAUGUUUUCAUAUUACAGCAGUAAUACAUGCAGUCAGUAUGCAGAUAUGUGCUGGAUUCUACUAUGUCAGCUCCUUCCGGAGAAUAGAAAUCAAUGGUGUUUCACAACAAAGCACAUUAUUUGAUAUGUUUUGUGAAAGAGAUGUUCACCAAAUGUAAAAAAAAAAAAAAAGUGGUAAAGAAAUAAAAAAAAAGAUCUUUUAAUUUAUAGCAAUUGUAUCAGCUUCACUAUCCAUGCCAAGUUUAUCAGGUGUCUAGUGCCUCAAAUUGUGUUCAUAGCAAAAAAAUCAUCAUCAUCAACAUGUACUGUAAUUUCAGUAGGCAAAAUAUAUUUGUAUCAUUGCAGCAUGGGGUUUUGUUUUUUUUUGUGCCAACAUAUAUAGAUAUAUUUUAAAAGAUGAUAUUUAAAUGUGAAUCUAGAAGUCUUCAUUUCAUUGCCUGGCUUUUUACAACAAUUAA